AUGUCAAAGAUAUGUGAUUGGGUGUAUCAUGAAAAUUGUGUUAGAUGUUCAGUUUGUUCCAUACUUCUCUAUGAUAGAUGUUUCGAAAGGAGUGGACAUUUAUACUGUCAUUUGCAUUAUUAUGAGGAACAUAGUCCGAAUCGAUGUGCAGGUUGUCAACAAGGUAUUGCACCAACAGAAAUGAUCUAUAAAGUUAAGGGUGAUAUAUUUUAUCAUAUCACUUGCCAUCGAUGCAUUCAGUGUGGUAAAAGAAUAUCACAAGGCGAACAAAUUUGCAUAAAUGAAAUAUCUAAAAGUAUUGCAUGUAUUACUCAUACUAUUUGCAGCGAUGAUUUAUUUAGUAUUGCAACGUCAACUGAAGCAUUAUGCAUAUUAGAAACAGAUGACAGUGGUUUGCUUUCUGAUGCUUCAAGAAAAUUGGAUUCAUCAACAAGCUUUUUCACACAUUCGCAUGAAACAUACUGUUAUGAACAAAGUGAUGAAAAUAAUUUUUUAAAACGCAGAGGACCGCGUACUACCAUUAAACAGUACCAGUUAGACGUACUAAAUCGAAUGUUCAUGUCAACUCCAAAACCAUCGAAACAUGUGAGAGCUAAGCUAGCACUAGAAACAGGUCUCAGUAUGCGUGUUAUUCAGGUUUGGUUCCAAAAUCGACGAAGCAAAGAGCGACGAUUAAAGCAUUUAUGCAAUUAUUUGAGAAGAUUUGAGCAACGUGGCUUAAUACCACCACCAAUUGGUUUUGAUUCACCUGGAAGAGUAUCGUCUACCGAAUGUAUCACCUUGGAACAAUUACUAUCAUUUCCAUUUGAAGCAGACGAAGAAGGAGAAGAAAUUGUUAACGAUUAA